AUGCCGGAGCAAACCGUGAAUGUCGAUGCCGAACUACAGGGUCUCAAGCUCAGCAUAGCGCUCGAUGAACAGAAGCUGCGUAAGCUUCAAGAGCUGGAUGAUCCCGCGUCGCGCAUCAUCGGACACGUUGUUUUUUCACCUCCGUACGGCGUCGGUCUAACGAAAAUGGGCGCCCGGCAUCUUCGGGACUGGGCAUUGAUCGACCUGCACCAGGACAAACACGAGACGGGACUGGCAUCUCUAAGAAACAAGAUCUUUACCGGAGAGAAAGGUUUUCAUGCCUGUGUUCAUGCAAUGCCACGAUCUGUUCUCGGAGUCCAGGGGUCAUUGCUCUCCUUCGACCAGCUAAACCACGCCGUCGAAGUCCAAGAUACAAUGCCAGAAGAGGAGUUGAGAGACCCCAGGUCCGCCACACUCCCGUGGGGUUCGGCUAUCGUGGUCAUGAAGCACGGCGCGACCACUAGCUUGGCAAUUGGAUCGGUUGCUGAGGCAGUGUCCGUUGUGCGCCGAACCGACGGAAAUGUCACAUUGGAGUACGAAGAGUGGUGCGUUCUAAGAGAAAAGGAGCGCAUGGGCGAAGGCAGACGAAAGAGGUUCUCGGCCGCUGGUGACUCUGGGUCUUGCGUAUUUGAUUCGUUUGGCCGCGUUGUCGGAAUCUCGAGCGGUGGAGGACGAGAGGUGCCCGAGAGUAAUGGGGGGUUAUUUCACCCCAAUGGAAUGGGUGCUAGAUGUUAUCAGGGCUCAUGGGUACGAUGUCGAGCUUCUUCCACUAGGUUUGGAUUGGCCUUGAGUAGUGAGAAUGGAAUUGAAGAAAUUGAACAGGCAGCUCAAUAUGAAGCUCUUGAGUGA